AUGUUUUUUUUCUGUCUUUCUUCCGAAUAUAUUCGUUUUUCCAAACAGUCUCUUCUCUUCUUUUUCUCUAAUAAAAUAUUUUUCUUCCUUUUUUCUCUUGUAUUUUUCUUUUUUUUUAAUCAGCUUCUUACUCUAUCUUUUUCCCCUUUAUUAGUAUUUUUCCCUCUCUUUCUUUGCAAAGACUUUCUUUCCAGUAUAAAUCUCUCUCUCUCUCUCUCUCACUCCGAUGCCUUUCUCUCUCUUUCUCUUCAAGUUCUUACUCUGUCUUUCUCCCUUAUUUAUAACUCUCUAUUUUUCUCUCAUCAUUUUCCAUCUCUUUCCUUGCUAAGUCUUUCUUUCCAGUGUCUUUUUCUCUCUUUCUCUAACAUUUUGUCUCUCUCUCUCUCUCACUCUCUCUCUCUCUCUCUCCUAGCUCUCUCUUUCCCUCCAGUGCCUUUCUCUCUCUUUCUCUUCAAGGUCUUACUGUGUCUUUCUCCCUUAUUUAUAACUCCUUUUCUCGCCAGUAUUUUUCUUUCUCUUUCUCUAAUGCUUUCUUUCUUUCCGCCAAAAUUCUUCUCUAUUAACUUAAUUAUUUCCUUCUUUCUUUCUUUUUCUUUCUUUUUUUUUAUUCUUUCUUUCUUUCUUUCCAAUCUUUUAUUUUAUCUAUCUUUCUAUUUUUUUAGCUCUCUUUUCUUUCUCUCUUUCUCCCUAAUAUCUUACUAUCGCUUUCCCGUGAAUUUCUUUAUCUUUCUCUUUCUCUCGGUAUUUCUCUCUCUCUCUUUCUACCCGAUUUAUUACUAUCUCUUUCUCACUUAUUUAUCUCUCUCUCUUUUCCUCCGCGAUAUGUUUCUAUCUCUCCCCAAUCUCUCACUCUUUUUCUUUCCCUUCUUCUUUCUUUCUUUCUUUCUUUCUUUCUUUCUUUCUUUCUUUCUUUCUUUCUUUCCCUGCAAUUUUCUUUCGUAUUUUAAUCUUUCUUCCUUCUUUCUUCCUUUCUUUCUUUCAGUUAACUUAAUUAUUUCCUUCUUUCUUUCUUUCUUUCUUUCUUUCUUUCUUUCUUUCUUUCUUUCCCUGAAAUUUUCUUUCGUAUUUUAA